UUUGGAGACACCGGAUUCACAUCACAAUCAACUAAAGGUACGACGAAAAUAACAGUUGAUCUAUAAAAUUUGAAUUUAACAUCACAUCAACACCACAAAUCAAUGAUAACCUGUAAAUUAGAAAUCAGCUGAUUGGAUGUUUGACAUUUAUGGGCGUAAACUUGUCUGACAAGUAACCAGUGUUGCCAGCAUACAUAUUUGACUACAGCUGCGUUCGUGUGAUUUCUGAUCCGUUUCACGCAGAGGCCAAAUUACUAUACGCCCAGUGACAGAAGCGGUCCGAAUCGUAUUAUUGACCAACAGAAACAGUGGUCCGAAUCGAAUUGUUAUCUGGUCUUCCUGGACAAGAAUAUUGUUUGUGCGUGAGAGCCUAGCUACAAAAUAACGAGUUGUAAACCAACCCAACGUAAGGAUGACUACGCGAAAAACAACUUUAAGCUGUGCAGGAUGCCAAAGUGCAAUAAACACUGGGGAUCCUUUUAUGUCAUGCGUCAAAUGCAAACUGACUUAUGAACUUUUAUGUGCGAAUUAUACAGAGGAUGCGUAUGAUGCACUUUCACCUGAAAUCAAACUGUCUUGGGUUUGUGUUGAAUGCCGAAGUAAAAUUCCAAAAGGCGAUAACUCAAAUACCCCUGUUCGCCAGUACUUUAUGCAGGAUAGUACCACUAGGGAUUGCCAUGAUUUUUCAAAUUCUAGCCCCGAUAAUGUCACUGUACGUACUGGGAGACGUUAUGGACAAUCUAGUGAUAACGAUGGCAUGAAUUGUCCGCUACAAACACCUCAACUAUCCAUUGUAAAAGCAUUGAGAGAAGCACAAGUUGAGUUUGAAGAACGCCUAACACUAAAAAUUAGCAAACUAUUUUUUGAGCACUUUAACUCUCUCAAAAUCGAUUUGUUAGAGAGAGUGAAUUGUCUAUCGAAUAGAGUAGAUGAAUUACAGAGGACAAUAAAUGGGUAUGCCACAGCAAGUAAGGUGACUAAAAAGGAUAAACCUUCUAAAAACACCACUGUGGCGGCUAAGCCCAAAAUAAAUGAUAUUGACCGGCAAACACUACCUGCCCGAAGGGAAAAUCGAAAGCAACAGCGGCAAAACGUGUCAACACCCACAUCCACAUCUACGCCCACUGCUAAAUCUGAUUAUGCUUCGGCAGUCAAAUCCGCGGAUCCGGUGAGCAACGAUGGCAUAGGCGAAUGGACAGAGGUAAGACGCCGAAAGCCGUCGUUAUCAGCCCGAGUGUCAUUGCCCGGUGUGCUGCGAGGUUCUGCUGCUCCUGGGGCUACGCUACUAAGUGCUGCUGAAAAGAGAACAUAUCUACAUCUCAAAGAAAUAUGUGGAAGUGACGCUUGUACGGUUGAAGCGCUAAAAGCGCGAGGAAAUUACGCUUCGUUUAAGCUUGCAGUACCACCAGAGCUAACUGAUCUUAUCUUGAGUCCGGAGAAUUGGGCUGUAGACAUUUGUGUCAAGCCGUGGCGACAAUAUUUUCGCAACUUUCAGGGAAAGAAGUGACAAACUCAAGACUUACCAUUGUUACUACCAGAACGUACGCGGUCUGCGUACUAAGACCAUUGUCUUUAAAAAUAAUGUGAUGCAAUCGAAAUACGACAUAAUCGCUUUGACAGAGACCUUUCUAACUAGUUCGGUGACCAAUGGAGAACUUUUUCCACCUGGAUAUGUAGUGAUUCGCGAUGAUCGAAAGUGCGAAGCUGGUUGGGGUGGAGUGUUGCUGGCAGUGCGCGAUUGUUACUCUGUACGCAUGAUCACAGAUAUUAAUGGUCUAACACCAGACAAGGAACUAUUAUUUGCCACUAUCAAGUGCAACAACACUAAAUUGUUAUGUUGUGUUGUGUAUAUUUCCCCUGAUAGUAGUGAUGAAUAUUAUUUGAAUACUUUAACGUGUAUCGAAAAUGCAAUCUGUUCAUACCCGGACUUUGAAGUUUUAGUUUUAGGAGACUUUAAUUUAAAUUCAUUCUCAAAAACCAUAGCAGCACAAUUUAAUUGUUUCUGUGAAUUUUGUAAAUUAAAAAAUCAUAACGAAGUGCUUAAUAUUAAUGGCCGAUAUUUA